AUGCCCACAACAAAAGAAGAAUGGCAGUUAAUUGCCAAUGAUUUCAAUUGCCAAUGGAAUUUUCUAUUUUGCAUUGGAUCUAUGGACGGAAAACACAUAAUGUUACAAGCUCCGGUUCAAACAGGAAGUGAAUAUAUUAAUUACAAGGGAUUUUUCAGUAUUGUUUUAUUUGCUGUUGUCGAUGCCAAUUACAAUUUUAUAUACGUCAACGUUGGAUGUCAGGGCCGUAUAUCAGAUGGUGGCAUGUUUGCGAACACUACAUUCAAACAUUUUUUAGAAGAACAAAAAUUAAAUUUACCAGAAGACAUGUGCCUGCCAGGAAGAGAAAAAUGUAUUCCACAUAUAUUUGUUGCUGAUGACGCUUUUCCUUUGAAAAAACAUAUCAUGAAACCAUAUCCAGGCACACAAGAAAAAGGAUCAAUAAAAAGAAAAUUUAACUACCGAUUAAGUAGAGCCCGACGAGUGGUUGAAAAUUCAUUCGGAAUAGUGUCUGCAAUUUUUAGAGUUUUACGAAAACCUAUGCUUCUAGAACCAGAAAAAGCAACAAUUAUAACCUUAACCUGUGUCACUUUUGCAUAA